AUGGCGCCUGUCAAUGGGCACCUGCUGCUCCCCAAAAUAUGGAGGGCAGCAAGGUUUGCCUAUGAGAAGGCAUCCAAGGCCAUACGGGCCAAACUACCCGAACCAACCCAACAAGCAUCGCUUCGCUAUCAACCAGCCUACGCGCGUAUCAAUACUCGCCAGCCUAUUAACCGCGUUGCCGCUAUCCGUCAAGCCCGCAGCCGACACUUCUCUACUCGUGCCGCUGACGCCUUUGUCUCCGUUAUCCGGGGUGCUCAAGCAGAUGCUGGCGCCUACAAAGCUACACGCAUUGCUUCCAACAUCAGCCGCUUUACUGCUCGCGCUCCCUUUGCCUCUACCCUUCGUCCCAACUUGACAGGUGGUACACUUGGCCGUACAGCGAGCGGGUAUGCCAUUGGUGCCGGCCGAUUCGGCGGAGCUCGAUACUUCUCCCACGGACCCGCCGCUCCAGCCCAGGUCAUUCAGAAUGUGUCCCAGGGUGUGCGUGCAUUCUUCCUCUCGGGACAGAAGGUCCGAUUCGAUGGUAUCGACCCCCACACAGGAGAGAAGCGGUACAAGGCUGUCAGCGCUAUUCAGGACCAGGCUGGUCGAAAGAUGACAGCCGGUCCCCGAAAUGCGCCAGGCUCGCACAUCGAUUUCCAACUCUCACCAACCAUCACCGCUCUUGGUGCUUUCGCCGGCUUUGACAAGAACACCGGCUCUACCGUCACCCAGACCCUGCAAUCAGAGGGUCUUAUGGACCUGCUCUCUGCGGACUUUGCUCGUGCCCUCAAGGAAUUCGCCGUUGUUUUGAAUGACCUCAAGCGUCUUUCAACACUCGGUGACCUCCCAAUUCUACUUCAUGAUCAAUCUACCCUUCGUGUCCACUUUCCUGGCUGCGACGCCGAAACCGUCGAACGCCUUUGUGACGAGGUUGGUCUUGAGCGAGGCCGCAUCGUGCAAGAUCAGGAUUUUGAACUACGAACCGGAGCUGACCUAGCUUUAUUGUUCCCAUUUGCUCCCAGCAAGGCCCCAUCAUCGGAAACGGGCUAUCUCUUCGAGAAGCCUUCGAAGUCACAUUAUGCAGCCUCCGAGGAACUUGACUGGCACGCAAUGCUCACACCUGAGAGUAGCCCUCUCUCCCGCAAAUCUCGAGACUCUGGCAACGCAAUCAGCUUCGACGACAAUGAGCUUUUUGGUGAGAACCCGUGGGGCUCUUCUCGAUCCGCCUAUUCCAGCAUCAACAUUAGUGAACUCGGCGACCGUGCAUUCUUCUCGGAUAUCUCUAACUGCACCCCUGGCUCUCCCGGUAGCGGAUUAGAGUACGAUGGUGCACACGGCAUUUAUAAGUUCAUUGCUGAGUGUGAUCAAGCACGGCGUUGA